AUGGGGGCCUUCAACAGCUGCUUCUCCAGCACUUUGCGGCUUUGCUGCUCCAAAAAGGUGCACCAGAUUCGCGUGGCGGGGCCGGCCCAAGCGGGCAAAACUUCCAUCAUAAAGUGGAUGAAGUACAAGAGUUUCUUCAAGCUCGCCCCCACCGAGGGAUUAGAAGUCGACAGAAUCGACUACCCUGACACAGCCCUUGUCAUGUGGGAUACGCGCCAGCACUUUGAAGACAUGGUGAGGCCCCACCAGCUGGACAUUCGCUGCAUCAUUUUCGUGGUCGACAGCGCAGACCCGGGCCGGCUCCGCGUGGCCAACCGCUCGCUGGACCGGCUGCUGCGGGACCUCCCCAACGCCAGCAUUCUGCUGGUCUUCGCCACCAAACAAGACCGUCCCGGCGCUCUUUCUGUUGCGGACAUUCAGCAGCAACUAAACCUCCACCAGCUCGUCGACAAGGAGUGCGGAGUCUUUGCAUGCAGCGCCAAAACUGGAGAAGGAAUCGAAGAAGGAGUCUCGUGGCUCAUUCGGCAGCUGAAGCAGCAAGACGGCGCCAGCUGCGCAUGCGAAGCAGACUCCGCAAUUCCCUGCUUCCUGCAGCAACUCCCAGUCUAG